AUGCCGAGACCAAGUAUUACCAAGAAACAACAACGCAAUACUCUUGUUAAACAAACAAGAAAUACCGUUGUUACUUCUCAGAUAACAGAUUCAGACGACAAAGUUAUCAGUGAUGAAGUAUUAAAACAAUGGACUAGUUUAUGGUCGUCAUUCGGCUUUACAGGCAAGCAAUGGAAUGCACGUGGUGGUAAAGUAGCUGAAUGGAGCAAUCAAAUGUACGAUCGGUGUGAAAAAAAGUUUGAUGAAGAAGUAACAAAACGCGAAAAAUUAUUAAAAGAAUCAUUAGCUGAUUACGAAGAUAUUCUUCUACGUACAGGAUUUCAAAGUGAUAUUGAAGGUUGUUUUGAACAUAUGAAAUUAAAAGAGAAAGAAAUAUAUAUUGAGAAAAAAUUGCAAUCAAUUGGUUUAAAAGAAGAACAACUUCUACGUGAAUUAGAUCAUUUAUUGAGGAAACAAACAUCGUUAUGCGAGAUAUUAAACUCAUCACCAUUAGAAAUGGAUAAAAAUGAAGCAUGCUCAUUGAUGGUAAAUAUAGAAAAGUUGAACAAAUUCGUGCAAAAACUUAAUGAUUUAAAAACAUCUCGUGAAACUAUCGUUAAAUCAUAUUAUUUAAAAGUAAAGUUAUAUUCCGAACAAUUACAAUGGUGUCCACAGUCUGAUUCAACAAUUGAACACUUACUAAAUGAAAAAUAUGAUGAAUGUUUAACAGCAGAUAGUAUAAAGGAAAUAGAAACAACGAUUCAAGAACUGGAAGUUCAAAUCGAAAAUCAAAAAGAACAUUUUCAUUCAUUGCGUAUAACAUUAAAAUUAUUAUAUAAUGCAUUGAAUAUUCUCGAACAAGAUUAUUGUUCAGCAUAUAAAUCGAACAAAAUUAAUGCAGAUGUAAUCAAACAACUUGAUCAUGAAAUUCAAUGUUGUCGUCAAAUACGAAUGUCAAAUGGAAAAGAAUAUUGUCAAACAGUUCGUUCAAAAAUAAUAGAAUUAUAUGACAAAUGCAAAGUGGGUAAUUCUGAACGACAGAAAAUGGACAUUAUUGAUUUUGAAGUUUUAUCGCCAGAAGUACUCGAUAUGUAUGAUCAAGAAUAUAUUCGUGUACAAGAAUUAUAUCAAAAACGAAAGCCAAUUGUCGAUGCCUAUGAAACUUGGAAUAAAUUUUGGACGGAAUAUGUUACAUUUGAUAAAUGGUCAAAGAGUUCAGCACGAUUUCAUGAACGUGGCUAUAAUCCGAUGGUGGAACAACAAAAACGAAAAAAAUUUCAAACUGAAUUACCAAAAAUUGAAAAAGCAUUUCUCGAUAUGUUGGAUGACGAUAAUGAUGAGUUUCUUCUCAAUGAUGUACCAAUAAGAAAACUUUAUAAUGAUGCACACGAUGAAAUAGCUCCAUCGGCACCAACAACGGUAACAACUACACGUACUCAACAAAAUGCAAAUUCAGCGGUUAAAACACCGGGUCGUAAACCUUUGACAACCCCAGUGUCAACUCCCUCAACUAUAGUUAAAACACCGUCAACAAUGUCCGUACGAACGCAGAGUAAAACACCAAUGCGAAAAAGUAUGAAGACAAUCAAAAAAAUGAAACAACAACCGAAAAGUGGUAAUAAAAAAUUUACACCACGUGCUCCAGCGGCGCCUUCUGCUCCACUGAUUACCGCCUAUAGUUUCAACGGUGACAUUUCCGCUACACCACAUGGUCACAACAAUUCACUCGAUUUUUCAAAAUUAUCCACGUUGAAAAAUGUUAAUGGUGAAUUAAAGCAAAUGACAUCAACACCGAACUCAUCCUAUACGACCAAGAUAUUAGGAAGAAAUAAAACAAAUAAUCCAAUAACUGAUCGUAAAGCUCGCCGCUCAAAACGUUUGGCUGCUGCUCGAAGAAGUCCUAAAAUACUGCCGAUGUAUGAUGAAAACGAUGAAAUAUCAACAUGA